ACAGAACACAUCUGGUCCCUUGAGGCCCCACUCCGCGACGCACAGUGGCGAUCCCUGUACGGACUCUCCUACCCUGUCUUCACAACCGUCGUUGAUAAGCUCAAACCUCACAUCGCACUCUCCAACCUCUCUCUCCCUUCCGAUUACGCUGUCGCCAUGGUUCUCUCCAGACUCUCCCACGGCCUAACCGCCAAAACCGUUGCCUCUCGCUACUCCCUCGAUCCUUUCCUCGUUUCCAAGAUCACCAACAUGGUCACGCGCCUCCUUGCCACAAGGCUCUACCCUGAAUUCAUCAAGAUCCCUGUCGGCCGCCGCCGCCUCCUCGAAACCACCCAGGCCUUCGAGGAGCUCACGUCGCUGCCCAAUAUGUGCGGCGCAAUCGAUGCUACUCCGGUCAAGCUUCGCCACAAUCGUCGCCGCGCCAAUAGGGUUCCUCAGUCCUACCGCUGUCGCCAUGGAUUUAACUCCGUGCUUCUACAGGUUGUUGCAGAUCACAAGAGGAUAUUUUGGGACGUUUGUGUUAAGGCACCGGGUGGCACCGACGACGCCACUCACUUUAGGGAUAGUUUGCUUUACAGUAGGCUUACCUCCGGUGACAUUGUUUGGGACAAGGUAAUCAAUGUGAGGGGUCACCAUGUGAGGCCUUACUUUGUUGGGGACUGGUGUUUCCCUUUGUUGCCGUUUCUUUUGACGCCGUUUUCGCCGAAUGGAAUGGGGACGGCUGCGCAGAACCUGUUCGAUGGAAUGCUUAUGAAGGGGAGGUCUGCAGUGGUAGAGGCAAUUGGGCUGCUGAAAGGGAGGUGGAGGAUCUUGCAGGAUUUGAAUGUGGGGGUUUAUCACGCUCCGCAGACUAUCGUGGCCUGCUGCGUGCUGCAUAACCUGUGCCAGAUUGCGAGGGAGCCGGAACCAGAGCUGUGGAAGGAGCCGGAUGAGAAUGGACCGCAGCCGAGGGUGAUGGACAGUGAGAAGUCCUUGUACUUCUUUGGGGAGAGCUUGAGGCAAGCUCUUGCUGAUGAUUUGCACCAAAAGCUUUCAUCAAGAUAAUUUUCUUUGAAUUGACAAGAUGGUGAUCGGAUGAAUGAAUGAAUGAAGUGAUUGAUUGUGGCGAAAGUUAUUCCUUUUUCAUAUUGUUCAACGAGUAUUAUGUGUGUUGUUGUCUUUAGUUUUUGUUUGAAAAAUUUAUGAGCUUUGUGGUUAGUAUUAAGGAGUAGAAAUAGAAUAGAAGAUUUGUGGAUAUAUGAAUGUGAGUAUGUCAAUCCCUCCCAACUGUAAUGGCUCCCAUCCUAUGAUGGGGAUGUGGAGGAGUGGUAGUAUUACUAUUUACUAACAAUGAGUCUAAAUGAAUGAGGUGUUUCCAGACUAAGCUUUUACUUUUACUGUAAUAGCAAACCUUGAUAAUACCCUCAACAUUUGGUUGUAAACAAUGAUCGCAUCAGUUCGAUUCUGCAAC